AUUCAACCGAAUGGAUUCAUUGAUUUUUGGCCAAAGUAAUUCUAGUCCGCCGCAUUGUCCGUCUUGCAAACUAAAAAACGGUACCCAUUAUAUUAUAUAGUUUAUUCGAGACGAAUUUGACAUGUUCUGAUGUAGAUGGUUUCUGUUUAUUUUUUCAUAUUAUAGAAAACUACCAAUGGCACGGUAUCGAAUGCAAUUGCAGUAAGUCGUCGUAUGAAGUACAACAGCAGACGCUUCAACAUCGUCGUUUGAAGACAGACACUCCACGCGAGAAGAAAGACGCGAAAUAUUACGAAAAAAGAAAAAGGAACAACAUGGCGGCGAAAAAAUCAAGAGAAGCUAAACGCAGAAGAGACAACGAAGUAAAAUGAUUUUUAUUUUGUUUUCUUGUUUUUACAAAACAUAAUAUAAAAUUUUAUUCUGCCUUCGAUGUUCCAUUACCAGAUUACCUGACGAUUUUUGAAAUGGAAUUGGUGGUUUUUAUUAUUUUUAAUUCUGUGUGAAGCCAGGUAUAUAUUGGUUUUACUUUGUGUGUUUGUAAACAACUUUUCAACCAGAAGAAAUCUUCCUUCAAUCAAAAACGUUAUAGAAACUUUCUUGGAGUAUAUUCGAUGUUUUUGAUAGAUUGAUUAAAUUAUUAUUAUUAUUUUUGAUUUUCUAUGUAGUUCUUUAAUAAAUGAGAAAAACUAGCGAUUUUUGUUGAUUUUUUAGUUCCUUGGCAACUAGAGAACAAAUACAACUAAUAACACUCAAUUCAUAAUCGUUUUUGAUAGCAAUGGUUUACAGAUAUAAAUUAAAUAACUCUAUAUCUUCCAUUCUAGCUUUCCUCCUGAAACAUUGGCACACUCAUCAGCAGUAUCAGGAUUUUUAAUUUAAUUUAUUGUGUAAAUUAAUGUACCUAUUGUUUAAAUGUAUAAAUUUUGUGUUUUAUCUAGUGGAACUUCCCCCCUGCCCCGAGAGAUUUUUGGUUACGCCACUACAAUAUAAUACUUCAAGAUUUGUUUUGUUAUUUUAGAUUCUGGGUGGAGCGAAGAAGCUUAUAAUUUUACAAAAAUAUAUUUUUUUUUUCUGUGGAUCACUUUCCUACCAGAAGACUUGCUCCGAUUUUUACGUGUAGAUCUUUUUUGAAAGGAAAUCGAUAUAGAGAGGUGCUUCAAAGAGGUCAUUUUUCGAUUUUUUCAAGAAUUUCCUCAUCAAAUGCAAAAAACUGAAAAAAGAAAAAUGAAGGAAAAACCGAAAAUUUACGAAUAUAUUUGUAUAAUUUUACGAUUUUUUUUUCUCUGGACAACUUUUCAACUAGCAAUUUUGCUCCAAAUUAUAAUUUUUGUAAAAGGAAAUUUUACUAGGGAGAUACUUAAAAGAAAUUAACUGAACUACACUCUGAAUCGUUUUUUGGUUAGCAAUGGUUAAUCGUUGAUAACAGAUAUACAAUAAAUUACCUGUAACAGUGGCUGCACCCGUCUCCAUUAUCCUAGGACGUCUUUUUCUUUAUUUAUUUAUUUUAAUUGCUGAUAUUUGAUAAAACAAUCAUCAGAUAUUCAGACACCUAAUGAUAAUCGUUAUCAAAGUAUGGAAUUUUGGUAAAUGUUUAGCUAAGUAAGACAGCCAUGUAAACAAUUAUAAACAAAAUUAAAAAUACGAGGAGGUACCUACUUAUUAAGUGAAUUUCGACCUUUCAAACUCGAUAAAUUUCAAAUAACCAAUUCGUUUUUGCAGCAUUUUUUAAGGGCACGUACAAAACUAUCCUUUUUAUUUUGAUAGAUUUAAUGUUAAUGGAUAUUUAUAGGAUGUUCAGCACAUAUAUUGGAAACAUUGUGAUAUAAGGUUUAAUCUCAUAUCUUACGUCACGAUAGCGAAAAAAUGUUUGCACAUGGGCAGACUGAUCCGGGGUGUCAAAGUCAAAUCGAACUCUGGAUCCCGAGUCAAAAUACUGUGUUUAUGUUUCAGGCCCUAAUUUGCAUUUGUGGGUUCCAAUAGUCGAUUAUCAAAAUACAUAAAAAACAAAAAAAAACGUUAAAAAAAAAAUUGUUAUGCCAAAUAACAAGUCUGUAGGUCAGAGGUACACAUACUGUGUGUAUAAGUAUGUGUACCUGCUCAACGAUACUGCAUAGUCCACUAAAAUAUUUUGUAUCUUGGAGCUGAAAUUGUCAUUCCUGGUUAGCACAGGUCGCAAUGUUAUAAUCUUAUAAUGUUUUUAGAUGGCUUUGAAGUUGUUUCUUUUGGAAAAAGAAAACGUCUUGUUGAAAUUCAGAUUAAGCACGGUAACCGAAGAACUCGACAUGAUAAAGAGAACGUUGGUGUUUUACAACACGAACACCGUCAUUUGGCAAAAUAAUGCCGUUUUACCGCGUCAUUUUCAGAAAAAAUAGAAAAAAAUCUUAUUUCAAAAAGUAUCCAAACAUAAUAUUUUAUUUCUUAUUGUACCUAUAUUAUUCAUACUACACGUAGCCUAAUAUUAAUUUUAUAUAAUAAUUUUUUAUGCGUAACUAUUUACACCGGUUUAGUAGAUACCUACGUUCUUCAUAUU